AAACACACUUUAACAAAUAUUGAGGUGAUUGGUGAUUUAUCCAGUAAUAUGACAUUUUUAUGUCAUCUGCCUCAGUGCUAAAGGACAAAGACAAAGAAAUAGAGAAUUUUCUUGUUCACCCAAAAAAAAAAAAAGAGAGAGAAAAUGUGGUUGUUUGGGAAAAAAGGGGCAUCUGGGUUUUCUGGGUCUUCAACAGCUGAAGAAGUUACUAAUGGAAUUGAUGGUACUGGUCUCACUGCCAUCGUCACAGGAGCAUCAAGCGGAAUUGGUGCAGAAACUUCACGUGUUCUUGCAUUACGCGGUGUACAUGUUGUCAUGGGUGUUAGGAAUAUGGUUGCAGGCAGAGAAGUCAAGGAUAAAAUAGUUCAGGAACUUCCCAAUGCUAGGAUUGAUGCUAUGGAGUUAGAUUUGAGUUCAAUGGCAUCUGUUAGAAAAUUUGCAUCGGAGUACAGUUCCUCAAAGCGUCCACUUAACCUUCUCAUUAACAAUGCAGGAGUAAUGGCCACCCCAUUCAUACUCUCUAAAGACAAUAUGGAGCUCCAGUUUGCAACAAAUCACUUGGGUCACUUUCUUUUGACACAUCUACUUUUGGACACAAUGAAGAGAACAGCUCGGGAAAGCGGUAGAGAGGGAAGAAUUGUUAACGUCUCAUCAGAGGCUCACCGCUUUGCAUAUUCUGAAGGAAUUCGCUUUGACAAACUCAAUGAUCCAUCAGGGUACAGCAGUUGGCGUGCAUAUGGUCAAUCGAAGCUUGCUAAUGUCUUGCAUGCUAAUGAGCUAACCAAACGAUUGAAGGAUGAAGGGGCUGAUAUAACUGCAAAUUCUCUUCAUCCCGGGGCAAUUAAUACAAAUCUUUUCCGCUAUAAUGGCUGGAUAGACGGUGUGACUCGUAAGCUUGGGAAAUAUGUCUUAAAAAGUAUUCCACAGGGAGCUGCAACAACUUGUUACGUUGCUAUGCAUCCACAAGUGAAGGGCGUAAGUGGUGAAUAUUUCAAUGAUUGCAACCUAGCCAAGCCUACUUCACAAGCUCAAGAUGCUACCUUGGCCCAAAAAUUGUGGGACUUUAGCAUGAAAUUGAUCAAUACUUAAUGGUGUUUCUUAGCUACACUCGAUAUACAAUAUAUCAGUUCUAACAAACAAAAAAGAGAGUAAAAAGUAAGGUCAUUAUUGGAGCUUCAACAAACUAGUUGAUCUGUAAACUUUAGUUUGCAGUGCUUUGAAUUCUCAGAAAUUAUGUUCUAUGGUGUGAUUACUUUUUAUUUAACCUUUAUCUUGUUAUGUACAGAGAAAUGUUUAGGCUACUCCUCUCUCAAGGGAGAAACUCAAACUAUUAUAUGUAGCUAUGUAUCGAGCUUGCAUACAUAGUCCUGUGUAACUUGUGAAAAAGUUAUAUAACUCGAACAAGAUUUCAUAAUA